CCGCCCAGUGAUCACUUUGUUUGCUCGGAUCGGCGGUCUGUGAUUCUGGUGUAAGAAGGGAGGAAAAAGUGGAGGAAAGAGACAGAUUUGUUUGGCCUUUUUCUGUUUUUUUUUUUUCUUUGAGGAGAUGUCUCGGUACCACAAAGCGGCAAUUGAUGGAUACUUGGACCUCUUAAAGGAGGCCACAAGGAAGGACCUGAACACUGCAGAUGAGGAUGGCAUGACUCCCACUUUACUGGCUGCUUUCCAUGGACAUGUCGAUGCUCUUCAGCUCAUAUGCAGCAGAGAAGGAGACCCCAACAGGAGUGACAUCUGGGGAAACACACCGCUUCACCUUGCAGCAGGCAACGGCCACAUGCACAUCCUCAGCUUUCUGGUCAACUUCGGUGCCAAUCUGUUUGCUCUGGACAAUGAAUUCCACACGGCCAUGGAUGUGGCUGCCUCCCGUGACCGCAUGGACUGUGUGCGCUUCCUGGACGCCUCUGCCUCACAGCAGACCAACCAGAAUCCAAAGAAGGUGGCCACCCUAAAGAAGGAGGCCACCAAAGAAGCAGAGAAGCGUGUGAAACUCUGCGAGAAGGUGAAAAAGAGGCACCAGAGCAAGAUGGAUAAACUCCAACGAGGAGCAGGAAAUACUGGGUCUGUUUCAGAGGCCAGCAUGGCAUCAGGGUUCUCAAACGGUGGCAACAUAAACAGCGUCAAUGAGCAGUUCUCCAAGCUUAUAGCUGCUGAUAAGUCUGGCUCUCUUACAGCCAGGGUUAAAGGCACACUGCAGAAGAAGAUGGGGAAGAAAGAUAAAGGCACCCUGCAGAGAUCAGGAGGAGACGGAAAUGUCAUUUUCCUCAAACAGGAGGGGGGAGCCUCUGAAAACCCAGAGUUUCUGGAUGUCUUCAAUGAGCAGGAAGAGGACAUGAUGGGUGGCGAAGGAAUGACAGACUUUGAAGACUAUGAUGACAACGAAGAAUCUGGCCAAGUCAAACAGUCCAUCUUCAACCGGCCAGGACUCGGAGGUCUGAUUUUUAUGAAGAAGAUGGGGCUGGAGUCAGACGACAUCCCUGGUGGAACCAAUGAAAAUCUUGGUUUCCUCGUUCAGAACGAGUUAUUCGAUGCAGAAGAAGAUACCACUGGCCUAGGUGGGAAUGAUGAUGCCGAGCUGCCCUGGGACCAAGAAGAUCUGGGACUGGAUGAUGAUGAAGAUGAGGAAACCUCUCCUUUGGAUGCAUUCUUGUCGUCCAUCUCGUUGCCAGAGUUUGCUCCUGCAUUCAGCAAAGAGCACCUGGACCUGGAGGCGCUGAUGCUCUGCUCCGAUGAUGACCUGAAAGGCAUUCGCAUCCAGCUGGGACCAAGGAAGAAGAUCUUGGAGGCUGCCGCUCACAGGAAGCGCGCUCUUGAAAACCCUGGCAUAAUGAAGGACAGCUGCUUAUAAUCUGAAAAACAUGAACAGAUAUUGAUGAUCAUAGAACUUAAAAACGAGUGUAUGCCUUUUGUAAAAACAGCCAAUAGAUUGAUAUUCUGUUGAAGAUAAUUUUGCAAAGUCUUUCUUCGCAAAUAAUGACCACAAUUUGUCAUAAUCAUACAUAUAGAUGGAAUGAGAUUCUGCUUGGCUCUGUUUAUACUAUCUUUGUUAUAAUCGAUUAAAAAUUGAGUUUCAGUUUCAAGGGCUAAAAUAUCAACAACAGACUCCACACGUUUAGUUUAAAAAAGAUUUAAAUAUAUAUAUAUAUAAUCCAGAAGACAAAAGAGUGACUUGUGGCCUCUAACUUGAUUUUAAAUUGACAAAAUUAACAUGUAAAUAAAACAUGUACAGAACUGGUGACCGUCUCUCCAUAAAUUAGCUUACAGGAUCUUUAUGUUUAUGUUUUAUGUUUAUUUAAACUUCUUGGACUGUUUUCAACAUAAUUGUUAAAUAAAUCCAAUAAAUAUAUUGUCUACAAAAUGA